AUGGCGUCGGAAGAUACGGAGAAGAAGCUGGACAUGUCGUUGGAUGAGAUCGUGCAGGAGCGGAAGACGGACGUAGCUACAACUGUAGCUACAAAUGCUAAUGACAAGGCAAAGAGCACGAAACGUGCUGAGCGUAUUGUGCAGUCAAGUCCGUAUGAAGCCAGAAAUGAUGAUGUAUAUCAAGAAGAAGAUCAAGACGUGGAAAUGGAGCAGUCAAAGCCUUUAGGAUGCCGCGUAUACGUGGGGAACUUAUCUUGGAGCAUUAAGAAGCAGGAUCUCAAGGAUCAUAUGGAGGCAGCGGGGCCUGUGGAACUUGCCACGGUGCUAGAAUGGAACGGCCGCUCAAAGGGGUGUGGCGUCGUCACGUACGAGACAGAGGAGGCGGCGCAGAACGCGAUCGCUACGCUCAAUGACACGGAGUUGGGUGGACGCAAGAUCUUUGUUCGUGAAGAUCGUGAGUCGCAGGCCACAUCUGCGGCAAAGCCAAAGCGUGGCUUCCGAGUCUAUGUCGGCAACUUGUCGUGGAAUGUCAAGUGGCAGGAACUUAAGGACCACAUGAAGAAGGCAGGCACAGUGGUGCAUGCCGAUGUGUUGGAGGAGACUAAUGGCCGAUCCAAGGGAUGUGGUCUCGUGGAGUAUGCCUCACAAGAGGAGGCCGCAAAAGCUAUUGCGGAGCUCAACAACACCGAGCUGGAAGGCCGACUCAUCUUUGUCCGCGAGGACAGGGAACCCGAGGGUGGCAGCAUCUCAAAGUUUGCUAAGCGUGUUUCGGCUCCGCGCGGUGGUGGUGAAGGCCGCCAGCUCUACGUUGGAAACCUCCCGUGGGACACUAAUUGGCAGCAGCUAAAAGACAUGUUCCGGACUGUGGGUGAAGUGGAACGUGCCGACAUUGCAGAGCACUCGGAUGGUCGCUCUCGUGGCUUUGGUAUCAUUCGCUACGUGAACGCAACAGAUGCGUUGCAAGCGAUCGAGCGCUUGAACGGUUUGGAAGUAGAAGGCCGGACGAUUGAGGUGCGCCUUGACAAGAGAGAGUAA